UAACACACGAAAUCUUGUACUUAUUUCUACUAUCGAUUUUAUCAUUAUAAUGUAUAUGUGAUAUUUUGAACACAAGUCGGUAAAAGAAAAAAAGAAGUACGAAUGGGCCGCACUGAUGGCGCCUGCUUCCCCCUCGCUAUAAGCGGGGUGUAGCAGCGCCGCUCCCUCAAAAAGAAAAUAAAAAAAGCAGCGCCGCUCCCUCUUGCAAACCCUCGAGACGCCGUCCCGUGUUCCUUUCCAUCUCGGCCUUCCUUCAACAUAAAUCUGCGCCUACCCAAACCUCAGUCGGCUCGGCUAUGGCCGCCAUCAAGAUGAAGCUCGUGGUGGACAGGUCGUCUAACCGCGUGCUGUUCGCCGACGCCGGCUCCGACUUGGUCGACGUCCUCCUCGCCUUCCUCACGCUCCCGAUCUCCGCCGUCCAGCUCGCCGCAGGCGCGUCCUCGCCGGGCUGCCUCACAAACCUCUGCGCCAGCGUCCGCCACCUGGGGGACGCUAAACUGUUGAAGGGCGAGGCCUGCCACGGCACGCUUCUCAGGCCUACGCACGCCGAUGAAUUUGGGUACGACCGCUUGCCAUGCCCACGGUGCACUCCGUUCAUGGAAACACAACUGAUUCCACAGGGACAGGGACACAACCAGCAGUACGGCUGCAGGUGCUGGGACGUCAUGGCUAGGCUUGUGCAUGUGUACAACCAAGCAACACAAACGGAGGUGUUCUCCAAGUGGAAAGAGAGGUUCGUGAUCAGCGACGAUUUGGUGAUCAAGCCGGCGGCGACGAGCACCGUCUUGUCUUUUCUUCAGAGGUUCUUAGGAGGAGAUAGGAUCAAUGACGCCUACCAAGUGGAGGUGGACGUCGGAUGGACCCAGGUUGUUUCCUUGCUCAGGGCAUGUGUCUCGUCCACCACCAUAUUCACCGACGUGUUUCUCACGAAAAGAACCGAUGCUUUGAUGAGCACAUCGGUGCUCACGAUUUACAAGCCUCGGCGUCAAGAAACCAACGACGACCCUGGUCCGCAGAUGAGCAUCAAGCUUUUCUUCGACAAGGAGGACAGAAAGGUCAUGUACGCUGAGUGCAAGCAUGACUUCGUGGACCUGCUCCUCAGUUUCCUGACCUACCCCAUGGGAUGCAUCCUCAAGAACCUGGCCGGCACCUCUCACCGGUUCCGCAGCUUCAACAAUCUUUACAGCAGCGCCGACGGUCUCAACACGUCUGGCUUCCUGACGGGGCACUGCUUCGGUGACAAGAGCAUGCUCCUGGAUCCUAGUCUAGCUCCGUUGAGGACCCACGGCAUCCAUGGGUCGGAACAAGCAAUUGUGGAGUGGUAUUAUCUCUGCCGCACCGGAAAGCGGCAUUGCUUGUGCACAAAGGAUAAAAGGCCAUGCCAUUUAUGCAAUCCGGGGUUUGUCGACGAUCACACCUAUGUUGUCGACGACGAGUUGCGUAUACAUCAAGCUUCCGCCGUGUCGGUGCUGAAGCACUGGCGCAAGAGAAACCGGGAUAAUGUAGUGGAGAUGGACAUUGCUGUCAGCAAACAAGAGGCUGUCGCGCUACUGCAAGCGGUGAUCAAUUCAGAGACUGCGCUGACAGAUGCGUUCAAGGGGAGGUUUCAGCAGGCAGCACAACAGUUGCCACCUUCGAAAAGAAGAACAUGUUCGCCAUCGGUGGAGAACAUGCAGAUCUUUGUCAAGAUCUUCACAGGCGAGACCAUCACCCUUGACGUGGCAAGCUCCGACACGGUUGCUGCCGUGAGGAGUAAGAUCCAGAUGAAGGGGAAGCUAAUGGCUGAUUGUAGGUUAGUGUACGGUGGCAAAUGCCUGCAGGAUCCAUGGACCCUGGCUGAUUGUGGCAUUCACAGAGAAGCCACCAUCCACCUUGAGUUUUACCCCCGCGGCCUUAUGAAAACAGAAACAGAAUGA